AUGGACUUCCUCGAUGUUGCAGUCGUUGGAGCCGGAGCCGCUGGCUUUACGGCGGCCAGUACUCUAGCUCGUCAGUUGCAUACUGCCAUCGUCUUCGAUUCCAAGAGCUAUCGAAACGCCAACGCAACUCAUAUGCACAUGGUCCCAGGCCGGGAGAACCGUCAGCCCGCCGAGUUUCGCAGCUCAGCCAAGCAGGACAUCAUCUCUAACUAUGACACCAUCGAAUUUGCUGAUGCCGAGGUGACCAAAGUCGAGAAGAAGAGCGACGCCCACUUCCUACUCUGGGACUCCACGGGCAAAGAGUGGGACUUCCUUUCCAUUGCCUCUUCUGCAAGGGCUAUGAAGAUCGAGGCGCCACGUCCUCUGGUGUUCUUGCCGUCUUUCCCCGACAAAGUCACACUUUACACCAACGGCAACAACGACCUGACAACCCAGCUCAACCCCGUCGCCAACGACAAUUUCCAAGUCGACUCACGCCAGAUCAAGCGUCUUGUCGAGAACACGCAUGCCGACUCAGUUACCGUCGAGUUCGUUGACGGGUCCAGCAAGGAGGAGAAGUUCCUAGUGCACAACCCUCUGACCACCGUCAAGGGGCCGUGGUUCUCCCAGCUUGGGAUCGCCCUCACAUCAAUGGGUGAUAUACAGGCGGACGCGCCUGCCCACCAGACCAGCGUUCGUGGGGUGUUUGCUGCUGGUGACUGCAUCACUCCGUACAAGGUGAUUCCGGGCGCUAUCUCAAGUGGAUGUAACGCUGCCGUGGCAGUUGCCUCACAGCUGCAGGCUGAGAAAUAUGGACAGCCUCCAAUGUUCUAA